CACACUUUGUAGGACUGGCAGAGCAAACGGGGUCCUUUGUACCAAACAUAGCAAGGGAACCCCUUGGGGUGGAAGGCAGGAGCCUUGCCACUUGUGUCCCGAUUUGCAGCAUCUGUCAGGUGUCAUGGGCCACUGCAGGCUCAGAGGGCUGGUUUAUCCCUUCUCCUUCCCGCACAGAGCUGAGCCAGGCCGAGCACGGGAGCACCAUGUACGAGCUCAACGAGAGCAGCUUCGACCCCAUCACCUUUGUCCUGACGGGCAUCCCGGGCAUGGAGGAGUCCCACAUCUGGAUCUCCGUCCCCUUCUGCCUGAUGUACCUCACUGCUGUGCUCAGCAACCUGCUGCUGCUCUUGGCCAUCGCCACGGACCGCAGCCUGCAUGAGCCCAUGUACCUCUUCCUGGCCAUGCUGGCCCUGUCCGACCUCCUGCUGUCCACCACCACCGUGCCCAAAAUGCUGGCCAUCUUCUGGUUCAGCGCCAGGGAGAUUUCCUUUGACGCCUGCGUCACGCAGAUGUUCUUCACCCAUUUCAGCUUCAUCGUGGAGUCCUCGGUGCUGCUGGCCAUGGCCUUCGACCGCUACGUGGCCGUGUGCGACCCGCUGCGCUACGCGGCCGUCCUGACCCCCUCGGCCAUCGGCAAGAUCGCCGCGGCCGCCGUGGCCCGCGGCUUCUGCAUCAUGUUCCCGCCCAUCUUCCUGCUGAAGCGGCUGCCCUACUGCGGGCACAACGUGAUGCCCCACACCUACUGCGAGCACAUGGGCAUUGCCCGCCUGGCCUGCGCCGACAUCAGGGCCAACGUCUGGUACGGGCUGACCACGGCGCUGCUCUCCUCGGGCCUGGACGUCGUGCUCAUCGCCGUCUCCUACGCGCUCAUCCUCAGGGCGGUGUUCCGCCUCCCGUCCCCCGAGGCUCGCCUCAAAACCCUCAGCACCUGCGGCUCCCACCUCUGCGUGAUCCUCAUGUUCUACGUGCCGGCCUUCUUCUCCUUCCUCACGCAUCGCUUCGGCCGCCAGAUCCCCAGCCACGUCCACAUCCUGCUGGCCAACCUCUACGUGGUGGUGCCACCCAUGCUCAACCCCAUUGUCUACGGGGUGAGGACCAGGCAGAUCCGGGAGCGCGUCCUCCGCCUGCUCUGCCCCGCGGGGGAGUGUCCCUGCCCCAGCUGGGCGGGCGGGUGCUGA